AUGGUAAAAAUGGCUCCACAGAAGACGAGUGAAUUUGAACAAGACUAUACAAAGGUAGAGGAGGAACCGGGGGAACCUGGUGCACGUGGUGGACGUCCUCCACGUAGUGCAGAAGCUGAACCAAACAAUGAAAAUAAAAGAGCUCCUCGACGUCGGAGGGGAUUCAGUGUAAUAAAACUCGGACCCACCGGAAUGAGUGUAACACAUGAAGGAAAUGAAGGGUAUAGUUACGAUUACGAUUACUUAUAUACAUUUACUUGUAAAGACAAUACUUUACAGACACGCUUAAAGGAAGUAAUAGAGAACUGGCAUACGGACAAACAAAAUCCACGAAAAGACUGGGACCAAGUGUGGAAGGAAAUCGAGGAUAGGAUCCAGCCACUCUCUGAAUACAUAUCAAAAAAUAAAGAAAGUAUGGAAUCCCAUUGUAAAAACCCUAAUGGACAAGACCGCACAUGGACAGAAGCAGAUAGUAACGCGUGUAUGCUCAUCACUGCAGGAUUAAGGUAUAUAUAUGGAAUUAAAAAACAAGAAACAGAAACAGAGCCAAGCAGGACGAACAACAGAACCUUCAAGGCCACUGCGGCAUGUAUCAUAUUGAAUGAGUUCAUUAAAAAAUUGGAAAAAAAGGCUAAUUCUUGUACCCAGAAGAUAAGCAUAGAUAAGGGAAUAACACAAGCAUUCAGUGUCAGCGAAGAAAUUAAGAACUCUGUAUGCAAGGGUGAUUCAGGCUGUUUCAAGUGCAAACAGUGGGACUAUUCAAAAUGUACAGUGAAUAACGACCGAGUGGGAGAGAAAUUAAAACAGAAAUUCGAUAGCGACGAAAAAAUAAAAGAAGCACUGGAAGACAUAUACCCAUCUUCCAACCUCUCAUCCACCUCCACUCUUGGAUCAGCCACUAUUAGGGAAUGGUUCAAACUAUUUUCGAACGAUGUGUCUAGCGAUGACGAGAAACAGUAUGAGGAACUCGGGGUCCUUUCAGCUUUGUGUGAACACAGUGAAGAUGAUGUAUCCACUGAUAAUUGGGAUAGGGGAAAGUACGGUAAGUUCUGUGAAAUCAUGGUAAAGAAUAUAAUAUUGACGACAGCCGUUCCAAAGAAAUAUAAAAACCAAAGAGAAAAAACACCGUGUGAGAAAAAAGUAAAAAAUAUUCCUGUAUGUGAUUUAUUAAAAGUAUGGAUGUGGUAUAUGGACUUGUUCUGUGCUCCAAAGGCAGUUAUUGAACGUGCCCUUGAAGCUGUAAAAGUAGUAAGGACGGACAUGAAUCCAGGUGAGAACUAUGUGAAAUGUACUUAUGAGGAUGCACUUAACCUUCCUUAUACGGGACAGACAAAAACCCCAGGUGACCCGUAUUACAUAUUUGAAACAAGUGAGUUGCAUACUAUGAUGAAAGAAACAACUAAAGAAAAAGGAUGGUGCAGAGAGGGUAAAGGAAGGUUCGGGCACAAAACCUCCGAAGUUCCAGACCAUACACGCAAGGAUACGGAAGAGCAUGAUCAAAUAACGAAUGGUCAUGACAACCUGAACAAAAUGAAAAAAAUCCUUCAGAAAGUUAUGGAUGAAGUGAAGGAAGAAGUAAAGAAGGAAGGUGUAAAGGAAGAAAAGGAGGCAGAAGUACAGGGAGAAGAAGAGGAAGAAGACGAAGAAGAAGACCUCCCCUCAGAAGAAGAUCCUCCUGGGGAAGAAGAGGAGGAAGAUGAAGAAGAAAGUGGAGUAGACGUGGAGGAGGAAGAAGACGAAGUUGAAGAAAUCGAAGAACAAGAAGCAUCUAAAGAGGAACCAACGUCGGGAGACGGUACUGAGCAAACAGAGGACCCAGGUAAGGUUACAACAUCUUCCUAA